AUGGCACUCUCAAAUCGCGCCCACGAAGCCGAAGAGGCAUGCAAGGGGAUGGCUUUGUGGGAAGUCAUCACCAAUCUCUACGACCAAAAUACCAAUCCCGGUGGUAUCGUGAGUCUUGGGGUGGCUGAGAAUACCCUCAUGCACGAUGUCUUACGAAAACACAUACAUGAUAACUUGGCCUUGACCAACCCGGCUUUUACUUACGGAGAUGGUACCACGGGUACUAAAAGAGCCAAACAGGCCGUUUCUAGGUUCUUGAACAAGCAUCUGAAGCCUUUCCGCGAUAUUGAACCAGCGCAUAUUUCCAUGACCAACGGAUGUAGCGCUGCCAUUGAGCAUUUAUCGUGGGCGGUUGCGAACCCUGGUGAUGGGAUAUUGCUUGGUCAACCCUACUAUGGUACCUUUAUACCGGAUCUUACGUAUCGUUUUGGGGCCAAGCUUCUCCCAGUUGCCUUUGGUGACAUCGAUCCUCUCUGUGAAGAGGCAGUGACCAAGUACGAGGAAGUCAUUCUCGAUACUCAAGCCAAGGGGAUCAAGGUUGCCGGUCUAGUUAUCAGUCACCCGCAUAACCCCCUGGGACGUUGCUAUUCUCGCAAAGCUCUCAUUGCCUUCAUGAAGCUGUGUCAGAAGUACCAGGCUCACUUUAUCAGCGAUGAGAUCUACGCCCUCUCAGUCUGGCCGAACACUGUCGAUCAACACCCUCCCCCUAUUCCUUUCGAAUCUGCUCUUUCCAUCGACACUACAGGUAUCAUUGACCCUGAGAGGCUACACGUUCUAUGGGGCAUGUCCAAGGACUUUGGUGCCAAUGGCAUCCGAGUCGGGGCCAUUAUAUCUCAGGCCAACCCAUCCCUCCACGCUGCUAUAGUUGCUGUUGGUCUGUACAGCUCCGUAUCUUCCAUCUCCGACCACAUCACUGCCAACGUUUUGGAGGACGACGCCUUUGUCGAUUCAUACUUGGCCGAGAACCAAAGAAAGCUCUCAACUCAAUACACUCGGGUCGUUUCUUGGGCAGUGAAGAACAAUAUCGAUUACGCUCCCGGUGUGAACGCUGCUUUCUUCUUAUGGGUUGAUCUCGGCAAGGCUUACGAGGCACGGCACCCAAAGAUUGAGACUGACGAUAUCACGGAUCUUGUCAUGGACAAAUUGAUUGAAACGAGAGUCUUUCUGGCCUCGGGUAAAGCCUUUGGUUCCGAGAAGCCAGGCUGGUUCAGAAUUGUGUUUUCCCAUCCAGAUGAGUAUCUUGAUCUGGGUCUACAGCGAGUGAUGGAAGCAUUGCAAUAG